AUGGCAACUUGGUUCUUUGCUUUUCUGGGUGUCUCAGUUGUCGCAUUUCAUGUUCACGGCCAGAAGCUUCCAAGUACCGAAGGUUAUGUAAGCAUCGAUUGUGGCAGUAACUAUAACUAUCCAGAUCCAACCACCCAAAUACCAUAUGUCUUGGAUGACCAAUACAUAGAUAGGGGGGUAAGCUACAACAUCUCCUCCAGCUACUUGACCUCCUCACUGGCAAAGCAACUCACAAACGUUAGAAGCUUCCCUGAUGGAGCCCGGAAUUGCUACACCAUACCUGUGUUGCAGAAUCAGAAGUAUCUCAUAAGAACAACCUUCAUGUAUGGAAACUAUGAUCACCUGAACAGCGUCAUGCUGCUAUUUGAUCUGCACUUGGAUGUCAACUACUGGCAAACGGUGAACAUAACAGAUGCUUCUGCUUCUUACAUACAUGAAGCAAUCACAGUUGCUAUGACAGAUUUCAUGUCCAUCUGCUUGGUAAACACAGGCCACGGAACCCCCUUCAUAUCUGCUCUUGAGAUAAGGCCAUUGAAGAAUACGAUUUACCCCACAGCAAAUGCCUCAAGAACUCUCAUACUCUAUUUUCGUGUUGAUGCUGGAUCACUGACAAACAACAUAGUGAGAUACCCUGAUGACCCUUAUGAUCGUAUCUGGAUACCAUGGAGUGGCAGCCAGUCAUGGACAACGAUAUACAGCAACUUGACAGUGAGAAACUACGGGGAUUUUGAGGCACCAUCCACAGUGAUGCAAACUGCCCUUACCCCAGUGAACUCUAAUCAGAUGCAAUUCAGCUUUUCCUACUUUAGCUGGGAAGCCAAUAUUAACGAGUUCCUCUCUGUCCUAUACUUCUCAGAGGUGCUGUCCCUCACUAGCAACAGCUCAAGACAGUUCAACAUCUAUCUAAAUAAUCAAUUGUGGUAUGGACCAUACAGUCCGGCAGCAAACUUGACAGGUUAUAUUUAUGAUCCUGUUCCUUGGUAUCCAUAUGACCAGUACAACUACACAAUAAACGCCACCAGUAAUUCCACCCUUCCACCACUUCUCAAUGCAAUAGAGGUCUAUUUUCCAAUGCAGAAAAAGGAUACCACAACCAACUCCAGUGAUGUUGAUGCCAUUAUGGUAAUAAAAAAGCAAUAUAAACUGAGAAGAAAUUGGACGGGUGAUCCAUGUGCUCCAAGACAAUAUUCAUGGGAUGGCUUGAGUUGCAGCUAUAAUAAUCCUGACCCUCCAAGAAUCACAUCUAUAAUGCUAUCUUCAAGUGCGUUGAGAGGUGCAAUAUCCACUGCAUUUGCUUCACUCAUGGCAAUUGAGAUCCUGGAUCUGUCUAACAACAACCUAACAGGAACAAUACCUGAUGAUUUGGGAAAUUUAGCAUCAUUGCGAGUCCUAAAUCUGAAAGGAAACAAUCUCAUCGGGCCUGUUCCUGAUUCUAUAAAUCAAAGGGAAAACAAGGGGCAGCUGACAUUUAUUUUUGACCACAAAAUAAACCCACAACCGAAACCUGCCCCCAAGAUCUCCACACCUGUAAUUGUGGUUAUUUCAGCAGUUUCUGCUGUACUACUCUUGGUAUUGGUGGCUUUAUGUGUAUGGGGAUUGAAAAGAAAUCGACAAGGUUUUGCCUCAAGUAAGUCUACAAGACGGCAUGGUGAAGAACACUCAGGAGAACUUCAGAAUCAUGAAAACCCUCCAGCACCACCUGAGGGUCAUCUGUUCACAUACCCACAAUUAGUAAAAGUAACUAAUAACUUCACAACGGCCAUUGGCAAAGGAGGAUUUGGAAAUGUCUACCAUGGAUGCCUAGAAAACGGUAUGCAGGUUGCAAUUAAGCUACGCUCGCAGUUAUCACCACAAGGGGUCAGGGAAUUUCUGGCUGAGGUUCAGAACUUGAUUAGAGUUCAUCAUAGGAAUCUGGUUUCUUUAAUUGGCUACUGCAAUGAUGGAAAUUACCUUGCUCUUGUGUAUGAAUACAUGCCAAGGGGAAGUCUUCAAGAGUACUUGAAAGGUAAAGUUGGUCUUCCAAGAUUGGCAUGGACCGAUAGGCUUCGUAUUGCAUAUCAAACCGCACAAGGAUUGGACUAUCUGCAUAGGGGAUGCAGUCCUUCAAUAGUACACAGAGAUGUGAAGAGCAGUAACAUUCUCUUGGGUCAAAAGCUAGAGGCUAAAAUAGCGGACUUUGGAUUGUCCAAGACUUUUCUUGGGGAAUAUGACACACAUGUUUCCACACGAAGGGUGGUCGGCACUCCUGGAUAUGUUGAUCCACUGUACCAUAGUACCUUACAGAUCAACACAAAGAUUGAUGUAUAUAGUUUCGGGGUUGUUCUCUUGGAACUGAUCACUGGCCGACCUCCAAUAGUCCCAGGUUCAGAGGAUGCUCACAUAACUCAAUGGGUGUCCCGAAGGCUUCAAAGGGGCAACAUUGAUGAUUUUAUUGAUGGCAGGCUGCAAGGAGAUUAUGAUGCCAAUUCUGUCUGGAAGGUCAUUGAUAUAGCAAUAAGGUGCACAACACAAUCUGGAAGCCAGAGACCAACAAUGGCUGAAGUAGUUAUCCAGCUAAAGGAAAGCUUAGAACUAGAGACUGCUCAUGACAAGUGUGAGAGCCUAUACAAUCAAGGUCUCGAUACAAGCCAGACAAGUGCAUUUGGUAUAGAAAGAGUCAUAUCAGGAAAUUUUGGUCCAUCUGCAAGAUAAAUUUGAUCACACUGAUCCCUGUUACAGUACUAUCUUCUCCAAUAAGAAGUAUCUAUCUCAUAUGGAUACUAGAACCUCUCUGCAGUCUAUGUAAUUUAAAUUUGCUACAUUUUGUGAGGUUGUCUAAGCUUGCAAUGUUUUUUUUUUUUUUUUUUUACUCCAAAUUUAGGUCCAUAACACCUCGAGCAAAUCCAUUGUUGAUCAAGUAACUGCAGAUCUUAGUCCUUAAGCAUAUAUGUCAUUGGAAUAAUAGAACUUUUGCUCACCUCUAAUUUUGACUGUAUACAAUAAAAUCAACCUGAAAAACAAAAAUUUUAUUACUUUGCACCACACGGAACUGCUAAAAGACAAUGUUUUUUAGUGAAAAUUGCACCCAUUAUUUGUCCCUUCAGGUGAUAUUAAUAUCUCCUGAUUCCUAAGGCUCCAAUUGUCAUAGAGCAUAAUGAUGACUCUCAAAUCAAAUUGAUAUUCAAGUGCUUUUCAAACUGUUGAACCUGGUUGAAGUGAAAAGUUCUCGCAACGAUCCAUGGAGUAUCUCUAAGCUGCAAUUGUGCAUGAGAACAGGAAUUAUUAUUACAUUUGGAUAUUUAAAUCCAAGUCUGUCAAAGCUCCUCCAGAUCUUGGUGACUCAAUUAUUCUUGAUGAAGAUUAGACUUGCAGUUUUUGAACUUUUGGUUCUGUAAAAGAGUCUUUGUGAUUGUACACUAGUUUUCAAGUUAAGUUUUCUCAGUGAUUUGAAGUCAAAACCAACUAAA